GUCGGCCGAGUCCCGCUUGGCGGAGGCGAAAUCUCUCGGCUGAACCAUGUCGGCCUUAGAGAAGCCUCAGAUCAUCUCGCAUAUCCAGAAGGGUCUCAAUUACACGGUGUUUGACUGUAAGUGGAUGCCCUGCAGUGCCAAAUUUGUGACCAUGGGCAACUUCGCACGGGGCACCGGCGUCAUUCAGCUGUACGAGAUCCAGCAAGGGGACCUAAAGCUGCUGCGGGAGAUUGAAAAGGCCAAACCCAUUAAAUGUGGAACAUUUGGCGCAACAUCUUUACAGCAGAGAUAUCUGGCCACUGGAGAUUUUGCUGGAAACCUUCAUAUAUGGAAUUUGGAAGCUCCAGAGGUCCCGGUGUACUCUGUAAAGGGCCAUAAAGAAAUUAUAAAUACUAUAGAUGGUGUUGGUGGACUUGUAAUUGGGGAAGGGGCCCCUGAAAUUGUGACUGGCAGCCGAGAUGGAACUGUAAAGGUGUGGGACCCAAGGCAGAAAGAUGAUCCUGUUGCUAAUAUGGAACCUGUACAAGGAGAAAACAAGAGAGACUGUUGGACUGUGGCAUUUGGCAACGCUUAUAAUCAAGAGGAACGUGUCGUGUGUGCCGGCUACGACAACGGAGACAUCAAGCUGUUUGAUCUCAGAAAUAUGUCCUUACGGUGGGAGACAAAUAUAAAAAAUGGGGUGUGUAGCUUGGAGUUUGACAGAAAAGACAUAAGUAUGAAUAAGUUAGUAGCUACAUCUCUGGAAGGAAAGUUUCAUGUUUUUGACAUGAGAACACAGCAUCCAACCAAAGGUUUUGCUUCUGUUUCAGAAAAGGCUCAUAAAUCUACUGUGUGGCAGGUCCGACACCUGCCCCAGAACCGGGAGGUCUUCCUGACAGCGGGGGGCGCCGGCAGCCUGCACCUCUGGAAGUACGAAUACCCGAUUCAGCGAUCAAAGAAAGAUUCCGAGGGUGUAGAGAUGGGAGUUGCAGGUUCCGUCAGCCUUCUGCAGAAUGUUACGUUGUCUACUCAGCCCAUUUCAAGUUUGGACUGGAGUCCAGAUAAGAGAGGUCUGUGCAUCUGUAGUUCAUUUGACCAAACGGUGAGAGUACUGAUCGUUACAAAACUCCAAAAAAUUGAUCUUUGGACUUGAAACCCUCCAAAGCAAAUACUCAGAGAAUGUAGAAUACGUUCUGGGAUCCUCUAACCCUCACUGAACAAAGUGCGGUUUGACUGAUGGGAAAAGGCCCCAGACAAACCUCUGGGCCAGCCUCUUUCUGGCUGUGAAAGGUCACACGGCCUGACCAGCGUCCUGACUGGGUGGUGGUUUGCUGUUGCACAUGGAGUACCAAGGUCUCCAGAGCCAACUCUGUUUCUCCCCCCUCCAUUUCUAAUAAAAAGUUGCAACUUUUCUAU